GGGCCCUACCGCUCCGUGCCCCGAGAGCGCUCCGUGGCCUUCAACCUGACGCUGGACGUGCAGAACCUGCAGCAGGAGGUGCACAACAUGGCGGUCCUGCGCGACAUCCUACGCACCAAGAGCCUGCUGCAGCGCCACACGCCCGAGGACUCGCUGCUGCAUGUGGUGAAGGAGUACUUCCACGUCUUUCGAACUGGCUCAGUGCUCCGGCAGGCGGGGCGCAAGAGGCUCAUGGACGAGCAGGACCAAAGCGCGUUCAUGCACAGCGUCAUGGACGCAGAGGUGGACGUGGGCAAUGGACUGCACGGCCCCGACGUCAUGAUGAACCAGAUGACCAUGUACUCGACGUUCAUCAAGUUCAUCCGGCUCACGAUGCACUCGUUCGACAUUGUCGUGGCGGAAGACUCGGUGGUUAUCACGACCAACGCGACGCUGAUGUUCCAGAUCCUGCGCGCUACCAUCGAGAUGAUCUUCCCCCAUAUCGUGGCGGAAGAGUGGCUGGUGUCGCAGCUCGUGGGUCGGGAGGUGGAGCCGACCAUCGGCAUCACGUUUUUCUUCAACCCAGAGGGCAAGUGCUGCAAGUACGAGGUGGACCUCGACUUCGUGGGGGCCUUCACCAGCAUUGUUAAGGUCCCUGAGAUCGUCAACAUGCUGCUUGGUCGCGCGCUGAUAGCAGACAACUGCAUGUUCGGA